UAUUAAUGAAUCUGUAACUGUUACUCCCUUCUUCUUUUUGUCCUUGUCUUCUUCUUCUCUGUCUGGCCAGCUAAUCUUCCAUUCUCUCUCAGAGCAAAGUGGGGGUCUACCACCAUUGACAGAAUCCAUCUGAAAGUUCUACUUGGUUGAGAAAAAUCUGAAGUAUCCAUACGGUUUCUCUCUUUUCUAUUAUUUUCAUCAGCAGAAGAAUUCAUAUAAAUCUCAAUUCUAGCUCUUGCUGGUAUAUCUAUCUAUUGCAGCAUAGUAUACAUGUUUGCAAUGGCUGGAGCUCGUCAAAAUGUUGUUCCUAAGCUUAAGAUCAUGACCCAGCUGCCAGUAGAGGACAACAACAGUGGUACUGAAAUGCCGAAGUCCAGGCAAUCCUCUUUCGCGGUGCAUGAAAAGCAGAAUCACAGAGGAAAGGGCGUUGAAGGCAUCCCUCCACCACCUGGAUUUGGUGGCCAUGACAUGAAAAUUUUCAAAGGAAAGAGUGUUGAGGACGACAUCCCUCCACCGCCCGGAUUCAGUCCUCGUCCUCUUGGAAUGUCCAAGGAGGAGUACUUGAGGUUGCAGAAACGGAUGUAUAUUGAUCUGAAUGAUAAAAGAAGCUCUUCUUCUCGUGCUGGUACUGCUAGAGGGAUAAACAUCCAAACGGUUCCUCUCUGUUUACCACUCAAGGCUCCUGUUGAGAAACAAACAGAGGGGGUGAAAGAAAAGGAACUAAAAGAAACUUCCCCUACAAUUCCUAACAGAAGAAAAAGCAAUCGGAUUUCACACUCAAGUAUGAAGUGCCUGGCACAGGAACCACAAAAACGGAAGCGCCGGUGCACUAAAGGGCAAAGCUUGAAUUCUAAUAAUAGCUCACAAGCAGAGAAUUCUACAGGCAAAAAUAGGAGAAUGGAUGCCCAUGGGGGCAAGCAAGCUCCUACUCAGCAGCCUUCUCAGCCUGCAGCACAUAGCAUGGCAGAAAAAAGCAACUACUCUCCUUUGCAUGCCACAAGUAAUGAUGUGAAUGUUUUUGUGAACCCUUUAGCUGAGACCAUGUUGGCAGAACUCCGAGGCUUUGUUAAUUAUUUGGAAGAUAACUUCUCUCGGCCUGUGGUCGACGCUCCAGAGUAUCCGCUGGAAAAGGUCAAUGAACUCAAUGAACUUCAAAAGGCACACGAAAGACUUUCACAUCUUUUAUCCUUGGAUUUUAGGAUAUUGAUUGAGCCUGAAAACUUGGCUGAAGUUGUUGGUCUUUCAGCCAAACUACAGAAAGAUACUAGCUUAGAUGCUGUCCAACUUAAGAACCUAUCACUGAUUGAGAAGCUCCCUUUGGUGAGUAAUGACAUUCUGAAAAUGGAGUGGUCCAUCAAACUAGUCAAUAGAUUCUUCCUCAAUCUUAAAGACAACAUGGCACGGUUUACUUCGCUGAAGGUGGAACACGAAAAUCUAAAAAAGGCGGUGUCAAAAGCACAGGCUGAAGUGAAUGUGAAUACUUCAUGUAUGCAGGACAUUGAAACUCAGAUCUUACAUCUUCAAACCUGUCAUGCUGAACUGGCCACAGCGGUGGAGUCUAAGGAGGCCACAAUGAAAUCGCUAACCACCUCUAAAAAUGAAAUUUUUAAUGCCCUUACGAGAAUCAAUAAUGACAUUGAAGACGCGAUGAGAAGGAAACCAUGGUGGGAAGAGAAGCAGCAAGAAUUAGUCCAUCUGAAGGCCAAUAUACUGUCCAAUUACAGUUUUCUUAAGGGUUUUAGCGUUUUACUCUCUGAGUUGACCCAGAUCGAGAGAUGAUCCAUCUAGUUCAUGAUGUUCUAUUGUCCACUUUGCUGCUUUGAUCCUUUAAACAAAAUCUGUUUACCUUAAAACUUGAUGCUUACCAUUGCUUUGUAGGAACAAUACUGUUUUGUAUGCCGCUAUAUAAUUCGUACUUUGAAUUUUACA